AUGGCUGCUGUGCCAUCCUGGCUGCACGGGUUCCCGCUCAGCCGCCCCAAGCGCCACCUGGCCCGGGACUUCAGCGACGGCGUGAUGCUAGCGGAGAUUGUGAAGCACUUCUACCCCCGGCUCGUGGACCUGCACAACUACAUCCCCACGUGCAACACGGACCAGAAGCUCAGCAACUGGAGCGUUCUCAGCAGGAAAGUUUUUCACAAGUUGCGUUUGUGUAUCUCCGAGGUGGAUAUCCAAAAGGUGGUGGCCAACACACCCGGGGCCAUCGAGCCCAUCUUGUGUGCACUGAGGGAAAAGGUGGAGGACCGCACUGCUCACGAGGACCCACCCGGCGCAGACGACCCAGGAGCCUCCAGUGCGCAUGCUGACGGGCCAUGGGUGGGGCUCACCACCCACACGCAUGCUGGCCUACCAAGCCCCUCAGCGCCGUCUGGCGUGAAGACUCUUUGGAGUCAGAUGGCCAGAGGUGCAUGCAAAAGUCAGGACCCAGCUGGAGGGCCCUGGGAACACGCAGACCCCAGGGUGCAGCAGCUGCUGGAGGAGAAGGAGCAGGCUCUGGCUCUCCUGCAGGAGUCAGUCAAGCUAGGCAGAGACAGCAGCAACAGCAGACACGGCGGACACAGCAGAGAUGGCGGAGACAGCAGAGACAGCGUCGAUGAGGGGGACGAUGAUGGCCGAGCAGGAUGGAGCCCAAGAGCGUCCAGACAACGAGCUCCAGCCGGUACAGAGUCGUGUCCGGGGCUGCUGCACUGUGGGGUGCAGGACACUCAGCGCCCUCAGAGGUGGGGGCUUCAGCCCGUCUUGUGGCCCAGCAGCUCUUCCCCCUGUGGCUGCCAGGGCAUCUCUGCAUUAAACCCACCCCUGCCUGUGGACCGGCCUGGUGCUGCAGUCCCAUCAGGCGAGCUGUGGGGAACCUCCUGCUGUGGGCGCCCAGAAAACACUGGUACCAUCGUGGGAAGGGGGCUGCGGGCACGCACCACAGAGGUGGGUGACAUGCCCUGAAAACAGGCGGGACAGAAAAUCGGGAUGAUUAACAGCCAUGGCCUUUGA